AUGAGCGUCGUUCCCAUCAGCCAAGAAGCGGCCAAUAAGAAGAAGCAGAAAAAAAUAGACGAUGUGAAGUUUCCGAAGAUAUUCAAGAAGUCUGUUGACUUGAAGAUGGUUGAUUUGGAAGUGAUCAAUAGCUGGGUCAAGGGUACCAUUGAAAAGUUGCUAGGAACUGACGAUGACAUUGUUAUCAAUUUUAUAAACGAGAUGCUCGUAGAUGAGCUUGAUAUCAAAGAGAUAUAUCUCCAGCUAAAGGGGUUUUUGGAGGAUCAAACGCUCCCCUUCUGCACAGAAUUGUGGGAAUUGCUUCUUGAAGCACAGGAGUCACGAGAUGGGAUUCCAGAAAAACUGAAAAAAAAUCACAAUAGGAUUGUCAAUGCAAAUAGACCCAGAUCAGGCCGUUAUACGGACAGAAGGGUUCGUAGUGACUCCCGAUAUCGAAGGCAUUAUAGAGAGGAUGGUGAGACACGAGCUAGAGUUGGAGAUACCAAGAGGAAUGAAAGAAGUCAUAGGGACUACAGUCCGUCCAGAAGAUCCUGA